AGUGCAACCCCUCCUCCUACACAAGUACACAACCCGCCCAUUGCAUUGCAUCUUCCUCCUCUCCCUUGCUCUUCCACUUCGUUGCGCCCAUCCGUCUCUCGUCUCGUGCUCCCAUCGUCGACCCAUCACACAUCCACACACAAGCUACCCUACGACGUAUACAGAGAGGAAAAAGACUAGUGGUACGGCCGUCGCUAGCUCGACUAGUGAUCCGAUCCAUCGAUGGAGGCAGCAGACGCAUCGUCAGCGCCGCCGCCUGCGGAAGGCCGGGUGGUGUGGGUGAACGGGCCCAUCGUGGUGGGCGCGGGGCCGGGGGGCCUGUCGGUGGCGGCGUGCCUGCGGGCGCGCGGUGUUCCGUGCGUGGUGCUCGACCGCGCCGACUGCAUCGCGUCGCUCUGGCAGCGCCGCACCUACGACCGCCUCCGCCUGCACCUGCCGCGCCAGUUCUGCGAGCUCCCCGGGAUGCCCUUCCCCGACCACUACCCGGAGUACCCCACCAAGCGCCAGUUCGUCGACUACCUCCAGGCCUACGCCGAGCGCGCGGGCGUCCAGCCGCGCUUCAACCAGGCCGUCACGUCCGCGCGCUACGACCGGGCCGCGGGGCUCUGGCGCGUGCGCGCCGCCGACGCUCUCGCCGACGACGACGUCGCCAGCGCCGCCUCCACCGAGUACAUCGGCCGCUGGCUCGUCGUCGCCACGGGCGAGAACGCCGAGCGCAUCGUGCCCGAGUUCGACGGCGCCCAGGACUUCGCCGGCCCCGUCUCCCACGUCUCCGAGUACAAGUGCGGCGAGGCGUACCGCGGCAAGCGCGUGCUCGUCGUCGGCUGCGGAAACUCCGGCAUGGAGGUCUGCCUCGACCUCUGCGACCACAAUGCCCUCCCGUCCAUGGUCGUCAGGGACGCGAAGGUGCACGUCCUGCCCCGGGAGAUGUUCGGCGUCGCCACCUUCUCCGUCGCCGUCUUCCUGCUCCGCUUCCUGCCGCUCUGGCUGGUGGACGCCGUCCUCGUCCUGCUCGCGCGCCUCUUCCUCGGCGACCUGGAGAAGCUCGGCAUCCGGCGCCCCGCCGGGGGCCCUCUCGAGCUCAAGAACGCCAGGGGCAGGACCCCCGUGCUGGACAUCGGCGCCCUCGCCAGGAUCCGCUCCGGCCACAUACAGGUCGUGCCGGGCAUCAAGAGGUUCUUCCGUGGCGGCGCCGAGCUCGUCGACGGCCGCCGCGUCGCUGCGGACGCGGUCAUACUCGCCACCGGCUACCACAGCAACGUCCCUCAGUGGCUCAAGGGAAGUGAUUUCUUCACGCAGGAAGGGUACCCAAGGGUGCCGUUCCCACACGGCUGGAAGGGGGAGUCCGGGCUCUACUCUGUUGGCUUCACCAGGAGAGGCCUCUCCGGCGUUUCCUCCGACGCUGUGAAGGUUGCGCAGGACAUCGCCGUGGAAUGGGAGAAGCAAACCUCCACAAGAUGAUGACGAUUGACGACGAUGAUGACGACGACGAUGGAUGCCCAUCAACUUACCAGCUCACUCAUGACCAUCGUUGACCUCUCAUGCAUGGACCUGCUACGACGACCAACAGAUCGAUACCUUGCCAUCAUGCAUAGCAUGUUCAGCAAAAAGUGCAAAAACUUGAGAUGAUGUGGCCAAGAGUUGCCCCAAGCUCAAAUCCAGAAACCAAAAGAAACAGAGGAGAAGCGCGCGUCGGGAUCCAGAUCAAGGCUCCGAAAACUGGAGAGCGAAGCGAGCCUCCUCGACGCUUGGGCGACAGGAAGAAGGCCGGACUGUGCGCGCGUCAUGCAGAGCCCAGAUUUUGCUGUACCCCAUGGGCCCUUAUAUACAUGCGUAGCUAUGUACAGAGUGUUUUUAUGUAGCAAAGUUGUGUACAGUAGUAGCAGUGCCUCUCUAGUGGGUUGGUAGAGUGUUAGCGUUGACAUGCUUGUGUGUUUGUGUGCCAUCGUCGUGAUGUCUAUGUAUGGAGUUGACAACGAGAAAUGACCUAUUCUAUUUAAUUUUUGUUCGUUAUUACAA